GCCCACUGUUCCAAGAAGAUCCUUCCAAGCUGCUGUUGGCUCACCACAAAUGCUCUGCCUGGACCUCGCACCCAGCGUUGGCCUAGAUUAUAAGAAUGGACAGAAGAACAAUGGGAGCAGGCUCAUUCUCGAGCGACGUUCUUAUAAUACUCCCUAGCACAUUUUCUACUGUCGAACUCGAGCGAGUCCAAUUCGGUUCCCAGUGGUGAAAGCAUCGAAGUCCGAACUCAACCAUCCCCUUCAACAUGGCCGAGAAACCCACCCCUGGUAUGUCCACCCAGCCCCGGGAUUCAGCCCAGCUAACAGCUUCAGCUUCAGCUCCAGUUCCCACAUACGAGAACAUGCAAGAGAUCAACCAACCGAGCAUCAACCAUCCACCUCCGGCAUAUGCGCAGCCUCCGAUGGAAACGAUCACUCCUCCCCCUCAGCCCCACGGACCCUCGUCGCAGAACUUCUACGCGGGGACGCAGACACACCAUACGAGCGGAUACAAUAAUGCGACACCCCUGCAUGCGCUUCAACGUGGCCCAGCGCCCGUGGACUGUCCAAGUUGCGGCAGUCGUGAGAUGACGCGAGUGGUAGCGGAGGCGGGAAAUACUACACAUGCAUGGGCUGCAGUGACUUGCAUCUGCUGCUGCUUGGGAUGUAUUCCCUAUCUGAUGUCGUCGCUCAAGGAUGUGCACCACUACUGUGGGAAAUGUGGUGCAUUGCUGGCGACCUGGCACAAUAGCGGACGGACGGAUGUGCAUCAACACAACUGAUCGCGCUAUGAUUGACGGUGGGGUGGUUUAUGUUUAGGGAUGAUUAUUAUCGCUUGUUUUUGUAUGCCUGGAUGUUGAUAUACCCCGAUAAAUGCUUACAGAAGCGAGGCCACGUUGUUUCCGGCCUGGCUUGCUUGUUCUCUGCAACAAUUUUGCUGCCCUUUGUAUAACUUAUUGCCGUGACAUGAAAAUCAACUUCCUUGCCGAAGAAAGAUAAUCGCUCCAGCAGUUCGGUGACCUGCUGAGCAAAGUAAUGCCCCCUUCAAGAUAUGUCACUCUGAGCCUCAGGCUGAGAUCCCCCAUCGUCCAAGGAUCCUGCAGUCCAUGGCGUGCUGUCGACGGGCGAUUAUUCGGCCCCCCCCCCC